AGCCAUGAAUACUAAUGAUAGCAGAGGACAUAGUGUAAUAAGUUGAAGCAACUUGUGCCACCAGUUCACCCGGAUCAAGGACUUAGCGUUGGCUCUCAUCUCCUUGGAUACAACAUAUGGGACGGCGGGCAGAUCACCCGGCAGUGCUGUCUGAUGGCAAUCCGAGGUAUCUGUUGCUCCUUGGUUCUCAGUUUCUGGGUCAAGAUUGUGAUGAUGAAACGCAUGAGGCCACAGCCCUGAAACAGAACAGAGUUUGCUAAAAGGGCUUCAUUUGAAACACCUGACACCGGCAGAACAAAGAGCAAUGAAAUUCAGGAUCAACUACCGUGUUGGCUAGCAGGAUGUGGGAAGAAGUGCAGGUAGCAGAACAAAGCAGCCACCAGCACUGUACGGAUACACCCACACGACACGAUCGACACUUUGUCAGCGCAAUCUUCAGGAGAUACAACUGCUGUGCUUGUCUUUUCGAAAGAAACAACAACUACUGUACUUGUAAAUUUGGCUCUGAGGUGUGCCCUGGACCUCUCAAGAAUUCUUGUAGCCAAACAAAUACUGGUGUCUAGGCUUCUGCAGCAUAUGCAUCUCGCUGCGUGGAUCGGUCAUCUGUGUUCUUGAGUGCAGCCAAAUCGGCGGCGUUCGUUUCACCUUGUUAAGCAUUCGAUCCCCUUGGCCUUGAUCAUCGAAAGGAAUCGAGCUUGGCGUUUUUGCCCAUUUCUGUUGCUACUGGAGUGGCAUUCUUUUGCUACUCUUACUGGUGUUUCAGUAACUAAAGAAAACAGUUUGUCAGUACUCAGCUUGCUUUGUAUUCAAUUCAUUUGUCUUAGUGACCGUGUCCAGCUUGGAAAAAAAAUAGGAUAUGCAACAAGGAGCAGCUAGCAUGACAAACUUAAGAUACGAUGAUAUCUAGAAUCAUAUAUGCAUGGCAUCUCACUUCAUUGUUGUCGCAGGCAGACAAAGCUGUGAGGCCGGGCGAGACCAUGGUUGGUUUCUCCGCCUAGAAUUGGCUUUUUCUAAGACAUUGUUAAGCUCCCUUUCCUUCACACCCAUCAAAGAUUUAUCACCUCUUCCUGCUGCUGCUGCUGCUGCUGCACAUUUGACGGUGAAUCGCUCGUUGACGGCAAGCAGCACUGGUCCAGGACGGAUAUAAAUGUCUAUUCCAGUCAGCAUGAGCUUAUCCGCUGUUGGGGUUGUUGGUGCCGUCAACGAAUGUGUCACUUUGUUUCAAUGGGCCAAAUCUGCCAUUCCCUCUCUUUACUCCCGAUGGAGUGGCUCACAGGAGCAAAUUCUCCAGGACCAUGUGUUGCAGUUGGAGAGUGGCCUACAACGCCUCAGGGAUACCCUUCCUGCAAUGUACGACCUCGUUAAUAAAGCAGAGUGGAGAAGCCACGAACAUGUUGUGGCCAAGCUCCUUCCUAAUCUCAAGGAUGCAGUGGCUGAGGCCGAGGACCUUCUUGAUGAGUUUGGAUGGUACGAGAAGAAGGUACAAGUGGAGGGCAAUGCAAGCCAAUCUUCUUUCAUUGACUUCUUUCAUACCGCCGUACAAGGUAGCCUCAACAAACUGAAUGAUGUCCAACUGAGGUUGAACCAUCUUUCAAGUCAGCUGGAGAAUAUGGGGCUCCGUGGAGUUACACGAUGCUUUGACAAAUUAGUCAGACCAGAGACCACAUCUUUGCCAAAUGAAACAAAAAUGUUUGGUCGUGACAAGGAACUAAAGCGGCUACUGGGAUUUCUCAAUGUACCGACAAUUUCAAAACGCAAGAGAACAACUAGUUCAGUCAAUGCAUCCGCAAGCUCAUCAUCAAGCAAUCAUGUUGGUAGUGAAUCGGGAAUAUUGGGUCUUCAUGUUUUGCCAAUUGUUGGAAUUGGUGGUGUUGGGAAGACUACUUUGGCCCAACAUAUUUGUAGUCAUCAACGAGUGAAAUCUCACUUUGAGAUGAUAAUUUGGAUUUGUGUCUCGGAUGACUUUGAUGUGAAGGGGUUAACUAAAGAGGUGAUACAAUCAUGUACUAGAAAUGGGGCAACAACUGAUAAUUUGGAUUCUCUUCAGUGUGAUCUCUCUAACCAUGUGAGCAAUAAAAGGCUAUUGAUAGUCCUCGAUGACAUGUGGGAUGAUGCCUUGAAGGAAAAUGGGCAGUGUUGGAAGAGGUUUUGUGCACCUUUUAGAAGUGCCCAACAUGGAAGUGUGAUGUUGGUCACGACUAGAUGUCCAAAUGUUACCGAGGGGGUGCGCACAAUGGAGCCCGUUAUAGUUGAAGGUCUGAAGGACGACGUCUUUUGGAAUUUCUUCAAAUUGUGUGCGUUUGGAUCUGAGGGUUCUAAUAACGAUCCUGAGUUAGAGAGCAUUGGUAGAAGUAUACUUGCUAAACUAAAGGGUUCACCUCUGGCCGCCAAAACUCUAGGACGCAUGUUAAGCAUGGACCUUCAAGCAUCACAUUGGAAUUCUAUACUCGAGAGUGAACUGUGGGAGUUGAAACAAGAGGAGACUGACAUUUUGCCUGCACUUCGGUUGAGCUACAUGUACUUACCACUCUACCUGAAGCAAUGCUUUGCAUUUUGUGCUGUGUACCCUAAAGAUUACAGAUUUCAUAAGGCACGCUUAGCUGAAAUUUGGGUGGCAGAAGGUUUUGUGGAUCCUCAGUGUGGUGUUCCAAUUCAAGAUAUUGGUUGCCAGUAUUUUGAAGACCUUGUAAAACGAUCCUUCUUUCAAAUAAUUAGUAGUAGAUAUGUAAUCCAUGACUUGCUACACGACAUGGCACAAAUGGUUUCAAAGCAGGACUGCUGCAUCUUAAGAAAUAGGAGUGACUUGGAUAAAGUUCCCCAGAAUGUUCGUCAUCUCUACGUACUCCCUAGCAGUGAGUUUGAUGAUUCCAGCUUGUUAAAGCUAUGCAAUUACACAAAGUUGCGUACCCUAAUUUGCAAGAAGGAUUUAAAGAGAAAAACAGGCUUUGUAAUGGGCGAAUGGUGUACUAAACUUCUGUGUAUGCGCGUGAUUUCUUGUGACUCCACAAAUGAGUUACCAGAUAAUAUUGGCAAUUGGAAGCAUCUUCGGUACCUUGAAAUCAACAAAGCUCGCCCUCUGAAGAAAAUCCCUUCAACUUUUUGUUGGCUUUAUCAUCUUCAAAUUUUAUAUGCCAAGAAUUGCAGGCUAGAAUGCUUGCCCGAUGACUUUGGUAAACUGAUUAGUUUGCAGAAGUUUGAAUCAGUUGGAUUAACAUAUUAUGAUGGGUGUCGCAUGUAUCUUGGUCCAGAUAACAAGUGGAGAAAGAUUACGUUAAUGAAGAAUCUGAACCAAUUCCGUGGGCACUUGGAGCUUAUUGAUGUGCACUUGCUAAGUAAAGAUCAUGCCGCAGAACUAAACCUGAAGAAUAAGAAAUAUCUUGAUGAGUUGAAACUGAAUAUGCGGGAGGAUCGUCCCACAGGUUUCCCUGAGUCUGAUAUUGAGUUUGAUAUCGACAACAAUGAUGUUGAAGUGCUUGAAGUUCUACAGCCUCCUAUCAGUCUCAAGUCUUUGUUCCUCCAAAACUAUGACGAUAGCUGGCUCCCAAGUUGGUUUCAACCACAUAACCUACCAAGAUUAACAUCACUUACUGUUGUACAUUGUUUUCAACUCGAGAGCAUAUCACCUCCUGCAUCACUUGAGAAAUUGGUGAUCAAUGAUUGUCCAAACCUAGUUUCAAUUGGUGGAGCAAAGGCACUUGCAAGAAUAAAGACCGUCGAGAUAUCCAUGUGUCCAAAGUUAAAGGAAGCGGAGCAGAUCAAUACAAUAUCCCACCUAAGGGACUGGAGGCACCGGAGAUAAAUAGCUAGAUUACGUGGAAAAUGAGGACAACAUGACUUCGUGCCUUUGCCUCAUCAUCUAUAUGUCUGUCUGUGGCUGAUUAGUGAUUUCUGCCCUUGAGUUUCAUACCAUCAACAAUUUCUCAUAUUUGUACUGAUAACUAUCAGUUCCCAGUUUGCACCAUCGUAGCAAACUCGUUGUAAUCUAUGAAACGACAGAGAAUCGCAAUCGUGUUUUGGUUCAUCUUAACUCUGCAACAUGUUCACCUUCCAUUGAUGAGCACCGCAUCUGCCUGUUUGUGAUAU